AUCAGUUUUCGUUUUCUUCUUAAAUAAUGUAUAAUUUUUUGCCAUAAUUUUGCAAUACGGUAACGAGCAAAUCGAACUUGAAUGUUGUGAGAAAAUCUGACUGGGUAGAAAAAAAAUAAGAAUAAAAGUAAGCCAACGCGAAGCAGAACUGCCGCAUCCAUUCGCUCCAGUCAAAAGGCUGAAAUCCAGCUGUAAAUUUAGCAUUUGGAUAUUUCAUUAAGAUUAUUCAGUGUUAAUCGUUGAAUAUUUUCAAACCCGUAGCUGACAAAGUGAGAGUCGCAUUUCAAAACAAGAUGGAUGCGAUGAGUUUGAGUUUGGAUGAAAUCAUCAAAAAGAAAUCUAUUGGAAAACGUCCAAAACCUGUAGCAGUAGAAGGUGUCGGCAGGAAAGCCGGUCGAUCAACAAAGCCCAAUCCGGCUGGGAAAAAGUCUCAGGGUUCACCGGCAGCGGGAGGCAGUCCAAAUGGGCGUCGGAAGAUAGCCGCUGCAGCUGGUUCCAUUCAGCGCCGACGUGUUGCCGGAGCUGGUGGCAAUCGGGUAAAUAAGGUAGCGACGACCGGAAAACCCAGACCGAUUGUGGAUGCUCGGAUGAAAAUCAUUCAGAAGAAACGUGCUCAAAUUCGCGAUGCCAGGGACAAAUUGGUCGAGAUCGCUCGCAAUAGCGGAGAUGCACGAUUAAGGUUGCUCAAACGGAAGGGAAAACUUCCACCCCCAGGCAAUGGGAUAUUGAAAAAAUCUCCCGGCAGCGCGGGUGGAAAACCAUAUCCGGACAGUAUGGAUGUCGAUUACGACCUAGAUGUGGUUGAAGUACGACGCCCAGUUGUUCCAUUAAAGCGUACGGUUCGCAACGAAAUGUUUACUGUCCCUAGCACAAUGCCACCGCUACCAACAUUCAGUCGAAGUGUCCGGAGCUCGCCGCCACCGCAACCGUCUUCGUCUUCGUGGAGCAGCGAUCCAUUUGAUUGUUAUGAAGUGCACACUAGUAGACCCACCAUCAAGAAAUCUCAUCCGGUUGCCCCGCCUCCCCAUUAUGAUGAGCUGCCUCCGAGACGCGGAAUAAUGAGGGCCCGUUCACCACCAUCUUCCCAUCCAAUCUAUGUGGACGAUCGUCCGCAUCUUUCGUCGACAAUGCGAGCCCGUCUAGAAAGGGCUCCCAACCCAGGCGAGUCCAUGGGAAUAUUUUCCAAAAUGCCCCCGGAGGAACACCCUAGCAGUCGCCAUCACCAUCAUCAUCCUUCGCAACCUUUGUCCCCAUCGCCAUCACCACCUAUCUCCGGUUACAGAAUCGUUGUCAGCAAUUUACAUUCUAGUGUAACCCAAAAUGAUAUCAAGGAAUUAUUUGAAGACAUCGGUGAUCUGCUGGAAUCUCGUUUGGUACGCCCUGGAGUUGCAGAAGUUAUAUAUCGUACCCUUAAAGAUGCAGAGGAGGCCGUAGAUACUUAUCAUAAUCGGCAGCUAGACGGACAGCCAAUGAAAUGCUUGCUGGUAAAGCCACGUUCCUUCAACAAACCAACAGCCCCGGCCAUCAGCUACUCGAGCUCGUCCAGGUCUCAUAAGCCUUUCUACUCAUCGUCCGGGUCCAAGAAUUCGUCGAUCGAAAUCGAUAUCGAUGCAUUACAUACGGUUCUGUUCAGAAGGGAACACUAAGCUAAUUUCAGACCCACCUUACCAGCAUUGUAUUGACAACUAACUCGAACUUCAUUGACCCUACUACUGCGAAAGCAUUCGAGGGAUGAGACAAAACCACUGACGAAAAAAUGACGCGUAGCAGUGAAACGAUUGGAUACUUCCACCUUAUCUAGAGAUGCGUCUGAUUUAUCAUCGCCCUACAGUCCUUCGCAUCAUUCGCAUUAGCAAAUCGUCUCUUUACGUUACGAAACUCCUUCUCCAAUGAAAACAAUUAAAUUUCUCAUUCCUUGUUCAACAAACCGACAAGGAACAGAAAAUUAUGAUGAGUUCUACUGCAUAAUCGGUAAUGAUAAAGAAAUAUUUAGUUAUAAGUAUAAUUAAUUAAAAUAUGGCCACCAAUUCUACAGUCUGGUAACUUAGUUGAAAAUAAACCA